AUGGCGAGUAGAGCCUUCUUUCUGUCGUGCCUUCGCGCCGAGGGCUCUUACCGGAGCCUCUCGCCACGGCCGCGCUACCCGUCGAUGCCGAAAUAUCCCAAGGGGGCAAAGGCCUCGGCCGCGGCGGCGCAGGAUGGGGAGGAGCAGGAGGAGGAGGAGGAGGAGGAGAAGGUGGCGUUAUUCUCCGUGCUUGGUAUGACCUGCGCCGCCUGUGCUGGAUCGGUCGAGAAAGCGAUCAAGCGGCUGCCGGGGAUCCACGACGCCGCCGUCGACGUUCUCAACGACAGGGUCCAAGUCAUCUUCUAUCCCGCCUUCGUUUCUAUUUCGUAA